AUGAAUAAUACCCCCGUCCUGGUCCACCAAGCGGCGCUUUUGAACCGCGAAGGAAUUGCUGCCUUGUCCUGUGGCAAUAGCGCCAAAGCCCAUGCUUGCUUCAAGCAUGUAUUGGAGAUCAUGGGGUAUAUCACUCAGUUCCCCAAUCUUCCCCAGGGGCACGCCGCCACUGCCUGGCUUCAAGGGGUUUCUCCCGUGUCGAUCCCCAACUUUGAUAAUGAGCGCUUCUUCAUCUACAACUGCGCCUUGAUGUUUCAGCCCGUCGCGAGUCCUAACUUCACACAGCUGGACAUUACGCUCUAUAGCGCCGCCGCCAUUUUCAACAUGGCCCUCGCGUACCACCAACGCGCCGUUCAGACUGCUGGAUCAUCCUCCGCAAGUGGCAUGUUGCGGAUCGCUGCUCGCAUGUACGAUCAAUGCCUCCAGAUUGUUCGCAGUCUUCCCGCUGGUAUCGAGUCGGAUGCCAGUGCCCUGGUCUUGAUUGUACUGAAUAAUCGAUCUCAUAUCUACUUUGAGACCCAAAAUUACGAAAAGGCAUCGGCCAUGCUCGAUCAUGUGCAGCGGUUAUCCCGUUCCAUGGUCCGUCACAAUGCCGUCGGUGGUCCUGUGCUACAAACUGAAUCCUUUGAGGAAAUUGCACUGAAUGUGUUGGUCACCACUCGACCUUCCACCGCCGCAUGUGCAUAG